GUGAUCUGUUCUGGCUCUCCAGUACACUGUUGCUACUAUUCCAGGAGGUGGGCAGCUGUCCAGAGAAAUGUCUCUGUCACCCACCUACAAAGACUGUUGACUGCAGCAGGCAAGGCUUGAGGCAAAUUCCCUCCCAACUGCCUCCUCGCACCCAGAUCCUGCGUCUGCAGAAUAACCAGAUUGGAGAGCUUCCUACUUCUGCUUUCAGCAGGACACCCUUGCUCAGAGCCUUAGACCUCUCCAACAACUCCCUUUCCAGCCUUGCUCCUGGAGCCUUCUUGGGCCUUGCCCACUUACAGGUCUUAAACCUGGCCCGGAACUCUCUUCGAUCCGUGGAAAGCAAGCUUUUCCAAUCACUGCCCCAACUGCAGGACCUGGAUUUGUCCUUUAAUCACAUAAGGGAGUUGCCCAGGUUUGGCAGGGAGACACUGAGCCGCCUCACUCGACUCGCCAUGCAGAGGAACCAGUUGCAGCAGCUCCACAGAGCUCACCUAGAGGCCCUCCCCAGCCUGAGAGUGUUAUUCUUCAAGGACAACCUCUGGAAAUGCAAUUGCCACCUGUUUGGGCUUAAACUCUGGCUGGAGAGCUUUGUAUACAAAG